AUGAAUGAGGAGAACGAGAGUCAUGACGAUGUUGAUGAUGAUGAGAAUGAGAGUCAUGACAAUGUUGAUGUUGAUAAGAAUGAGAGUCAUGACGAUGUUGUUGAUGAUGAUGAGAAUGAGGGUCAUGAUGAUGUUGAUGAGAAUCAGAGUCAUAACAAGUUUGAUGAUGUUGAUAAGAAUGAGAGUCAUGACAAUGUUGAUGAUGAUGAGAAUGACAGUCAUUAUGAUGUAGAUGUUGAUGAGAAUGACAGUCAUGACGAUGUUGAUGAGAAUGACAGUCAUUAUGAUGUAGAUGUUGAUGAGAAUGACAGUCAUGACGAUGUUGAUGAGAAUGACAGUCAUGACGAUGUUGAUGAGAAUGACAGUCAUUAUGAUGUAGAUGAUGAUGAGAAUGACAGUCAUUAUGAUGUAGAUGAUGAUGAGAAUGACAGUCAUUAUGAUGUAGAUGAUGAUGAGAAUGACAGUCAUAAUGAUGUAGAUGAUGAUGAGAAUGACAGUCAUUAUGAUGUAGAUGAUGAUGAGAAUGACAGUCAUUAUGAUGUAGAUUGUAGAUGA